AUUUCGAGAAGAAAAAAAAGAAACCGACACCUCAUAACAGGGAAGAAAGGGUAAGAAAAAAAAAAAAACCAGCACAGAGGAAGAAGGUUGCAGAGAAGAAAAAUGUCGUGGCAAACUUACGUCGACGAUCAUCUCAUGUGCGAUAUCGAUGGCCAGGAGGGCCACCGUCUCGCGGCUGCUUCCAUCAUCGGUCACGACGGAAGUGUCUGGGCUCAGAGCGCUUCAUUCCCUCAGUUUAAGCCUGAGGAGAUUACAGGUAUCAUGAAUGAUUUUGCUGAACCAGGCUACCUUGCUCCUACUGGCUUAUUCCUUGCGGGAACAAAAUAUAUGGUUAUCCAAGGAGAACCUGGAGCUGUGAUCCGUGGAAAGAAGGGAUCUGGCGGUAUCACUAUAAAGAAGACCAACCAAGCUCUAAUUUUUGGUAUCUAUGAAGAGCCUGUUGCUCCAGGACAGUGCAACAUGAUUGUUGAGAGGUUGGGGGAUUACCUCAUUGAUCAGGGUCUGUAGGUCUAGAUUGCAAUUGUGAUCUAAUUUUAACAUUGGAUGUUAUUUUUGUGUAUCUCUCUCCCUCCCCCUCCCUUUAGCCCUUCCUGCCUUCUCUUUCAUUCAUUCAUUAUGGCUUGCUUCUUCUUACUUGAUUAGCCAUGUAUUGGCAUUGGAUGUUGCAGACAAUAACCGUGUGAUGACAGAAGCUCUUCUU